AUGGAUUAAGACCAAGAGAUAAAAAUGAAAAUAAGGUCACAUUCUGUAGAGAGAGAGAAAACCGAAAGCUAAUCAUAGUUUACAGAUGAAAUCGAAGAUGAUAAAAUCGUUAUUAUUGGAGUUUGCUGCAUGGCUAAAAAGUCUCAAUCAAAGGAAAUGCAAGAAAUUCUGAAUCGCAUAAAUCCUGAGUUUUUCAAAAUCGAGAUAUUUUCAGAGUAAAUGAUUCUGGAAGAUCCAAUAGAAUCUUGGCCAAUAGUUGAAACACUUAUAAGCUUUUAUUCAGACGGAUUCCCUUUGAAUAAGGCCAUAGCCUAUGUUGAUUUGAGAAAGCCAUUUAUCAUAAAUGAUCUUAAGAAAUAACAACUUCUAUGGGAUAGGGAGAGAGUCUAUACAUUAUUAAAGAAAAACAAAGUGCCAGUACCUAAACAUUAUUUCGUGUUUAAAAAUCCGAAUAAAUAUAUUAUUGAUGAUUAUAAUAGAAAAGAAAUUGAAAAGAAGUGUAAGCCAAGAAAGAAUGACUAGGAGAUAAUUGAGGAGGAAGACAAUGUUGAUAGUGUUAUAAGUUUUUUAUAGAAUGAGGAUUCCUCCUAACAUUUAAAAUCAGUCUAGACAGCCAAAUAAUUAUCGGAAUUACUAUUGCCUCCAAGAUAGGACACUAUGGAAGAUAAAAAUAAAAAUAAGAUGAAAUAGGGAAUGAGAUCUUACGAUGCUAGAUCGUUAUCAGCUGUAAUUGAUAUCAAGAAGGAUAAUAAGGAUCUCUAGAUUACGAAGAUUGAGGAAUGUGAUGAUUAUUUAUUAAUAAAUGGACAGAAAUUAGUUAAGCCUUUUGUGGAAAAGCCAUUUGAUGCUGAAGAUCAUAAUAUUUACAUUUAUUAUAACUCAAGAGAUGGAGGCGGAUGUAAGAAGCUGUUUAGAAAGGUUGGUAAUUAGAGUAGUAUAUUUGAUCCAGCUUAGAAUAGCAUUAGGAAUGAUAAUGAAAACUAUAUUUAUGAAGUAUUCUUGCCAACAAAUGGUUUCGAUAUUAAAGUCUAUACUGUAGGAGAGUUUUAUGCACAUGCAGAAGCUAGAAAAAGUCCAGUAUUGGAUGGUAAGGUUGUUAGAUCAUAAAAUGGAAAGGAAAUGAGAUAUCCUGUUUGUUUGACAAUGGAAGAGAAGAUGAUGGCUAUAAAGAUUGUGAAUAUAUUCGGAUAAAAUAUAUGUGGAUUCGAUUUAUUGAGAAGUAAUAAUAAAUCAUAUGUGUGUGAUGUGAAUGGGUGGUCUUUUGUUAAAGGAAAUGCAAAGUAUUAUUAAGAUUGUGCCACCAUUUUAUAGAAUAUGAUUUUGGCUAAGUUAAGACCUACAUUAUUGUAGAAACAAAUUUCUGAUAUCAAUUUAGUUAAGGGAUUCUACAAGAACUCUUUUCGACCAAGUUCAAAAGACAUAGAUAGCAAAGAAUAGAAUUCUGAAUUAAGAUCUGUGGUGGCAGUAUUUAGACAUGGAGAUAGAACACCUAAGUAAAAAAUGAAGAUGAGAACUUCCAAUGUAUUGUUUCUCUCUUUUUUUGAUGAAGUAGUUGAUCCAUCUAAAGAAAUUAAAUUGAAGCAUCCAAAAUAACUAUUAAAAUUACUUAAUUUAACUAGGGAAUGUAUUGCCAAGACUUCUUGUAGAGAUAAUAUUAUUAAACUGCUCCAAAUGAAGUCAGUUCUUGAAUUAGGAGGACACUUUGAAGGCAUCAAUAGGAAAGUCUAAAUUAAACCACUAAAAACCUAAAAAAUAGACAAGAAUGGUUCGAUUGUUGAUUUCCCAGUUGAAGUCUUGUUAAUUUUAAAGUGGGGUGGAGAAUUGACCUAAUUAGGUGAGGAACACGCUGCUAGAUUAGGCAAAAUAUUUAGACAUGACAUGUAUCCUACAGAGAAAGAUGGGCUACUUAGAUUGCAUUCCACCUAUAGACAUGACUUAAAGACAUUCUCAUCAGAUGAAGGCAGAUGCCAAUACACUGCAGCAGCCUUUUUAAAAGGAUUGCUAGGUUAUGAAGGAGAGGUGACUCCUAUCUUAGCUACUAUGGUUUAGAAGAAUGAGGUUGCCCAAGACUUGUUAGAUUGCAAUAAUUUAGAAAUAGAGGAAGAAGCAGAAAUCAAAAACAUUCUCUAAAAGAUGUUAACAAGUGAUGAGGAUAUGUUGACAUAGAUUUACUAGCACUUUCCGGAUUGUAUUAUGACUUCAACAUAACAUGAUCUAAUCAGUAAGUUUAAAAGUCCGAAGUCAAUGCUUAUAUAAUUACACACUUACAUUAAGUAACUAACCAAAAAUAUAAGGUAAAUUUAGAAUAAAAUAAUUAGACAUCACAUCCAUUUGGAUAAAAACUAUUAUAUAACUCCUAGUGAUAUGGAACAAGGAGCUUAAACUAUGUUUGAAUCAGAAAAUCUAACUUUAUUCUUCAAAAGAUGGUACAAAUUAGAAUAUGAUUUCUUGCAAAAGGAUAAAUUCAACAUUUCCAAAAUCCCAGAUAUUUAUGACAGUGUCAAAUAUGAUAUGCUUCACAAUUAGGAUAAAUUAUAGUUUUAUGAAAACUCAAAGGAAUUUUAUUGCUUAGCUGAAUUGCUUAGCCAUUUUAUGGUUCCAUUCGAAUAUGGAAUCACUACUAAAUAGAAGCUAUCCAUAGCCAAACGUGUUGUUGGUCCUUUGUGUAAUAAAAUUAAAUAAGAUCUCUUAUGGUGGAAUAAACCGGAAUCAAAAAACCAACAACAAGAAGAAGAUUAUUGGAAGUUCAGAUAAACUGAUGAAAGUGAUUUGAAUAGUCCAUGGAGACAUGUGAGAACUAGAUUAUAUUUCACAUCUGCUUCUCAUUUGUACUCUUUGUUUAACAUCCUAUAUUAUGGAUUAGGUCAUUACUUAAUAGAAGAUGAAUUCAAGUAAAAACAAUUGUAACAAAUAUUAAUGCUGUAAUAUCUGUCAAAUAUUGUUAUAAAACUCUAUGAAGAUUUGUCUUCUGAGAAAGGAGAUCCUAAUAGAUUUAGAAUAGAAUUAAGUGUUUCUGAUGGAAUUCAAAUGUCUUUUCCAAUCGACAAAAAUAUGCCGUCCAAAAGUGACAAUAUUCACAUCAACUAAUCAUUAAGAUUGGAUUAAUUGGAGGAUUUCCUUAAUCAAAUCAUUGACUGCGCUUUUGGGGAUGAUGUUCAAUCUUAAUGA